AUGGCGCGCCUUCUCUUGGCGUUUGCUGUCUUUGGUAUUGAAUCAGCUGUUGGGCUGGAACCCGGCGCCUUGGGUUGCCGGGACUCCACCAGCCCUCAUCCGGGAACGUCGUUGUUGCAGCAUGUUUCUCGCAGAGUCCUUAAGACGGGCAAGGUCAAGCAGACGACUCCUGACCCUACGAAGUCCCUGGAGUGGGCGGUACAAUUUGAUGUCAAUGGACAUGCCUGCGCUUUUUGUGGUCUUCCCCCCGCAGAGCGUGCGCCCAACAACUCCUAUGUGCAGCGUACUGACUGUGGCAAUCAAACCUUGUUUGAGCACCCAGAUAAGGCAUUACUGCCUUUGAGCAGUUUCGUUAGGGAGGCCACAGAAGAACACAACGAAACCUUUGGCUGGUGCGAACUGAACGUGGCAAAGGGUUGUGCUGACGCGAUCUACAAUCGGGAUUAUAUGCUGUUUGCAAAAAGCAUUCAAAUACAGCCUCUUCCCAUCAUUGGCUACAAGACAAUGAGCUGGGACUUUCACUACUGCUCCCAGAACGGUUGGCUCUCCCCAGAGGUCAGGGCUUUGCAGCACAACUUCAAGGGCAUGACAGCAAAAGCCAAGGAGCAUUGCAAUUCCGACCAUUUGGUCAAACUGGGUUCAAAGGGCAACAUGACCUAUCUCGACAUGGUGGAGCACUACUUGAUUGACCUCCCCGUCAUCCCUGGCAACACCCCAUCCAAAGAAAACUCGCACUGGGUAGCUGCAUGGGCCUGCGGCAUGGGCAGUGCAGCGUGUGAUAUGGCCUACUGCGCCUACACCUACUGCAAGAAGGAAGAUGGCAGCUUUGGCCUCUAUGACGAAUGCCCAGGGUGGGACCCUGUCAAAGGCAUGCCAGUAGAUUGA